AUGGCGGACACAGCUGUGACACAUGACCACAAUGAACUGAAGCAAGAAGAACAGAACAUUAUCUGUGGUGCACUGGAACUGCACAAGAAAACAGUUGGCGAGGUUAUGACUAAACUUGACGAUGUAUAUAUGCUCAGCAUUGACACUAUUCUCGAUUUUAAUACCAUUAAUGAAAUAAUGCAGCAAGGUUAUUCACGUGUGCCUGUGUAUGAGGGGGAACGUACAAAUAUAAUAGCAGUCUUGUUCAUUAAGGACUUAGCCUUUAUUGACCCUGAUGAUAAUACACCCCUGAAGACACUAAGUCAGUUCUACCAAAACCCAUGCAACUUUGUUUUUGUGGAUACAACACUGGAUGUCAUGUUUAAGGAAUUCAAAGAAGGUGCAAAGGGUCAUAUGGCUUUUGUUCAUAAAGUGAACAAUGAAGGCGACUGUGACCCCUUCUAUGAGGUGUUGGGCCUUGUUACCCUAGAAGACGUCAUUGAAGAACUUAUUCAGGAAGAAAUCGUUGAUGAAACUGAUGUAUUCACUGACAAUCGCUCCAGACGCCGUCGUCUGCACAUUUGUCGACCAGACUUUACAGAGUUCUCCAACCUAAACAACCAGACAAAUCAAAAACGUGUACAAAUUUCUCCUCAGAUGCAGGUGGCAGCUUUGCAGUAUCUUCGCACAUCUCUUGAGCCAUUCAAGGAAGGUCAAUUAUCAGAAAUGAUUGUUAAAAAGCUGCUAAAUCAAGAUGUUAUCCACAGCAUUAAGCUGCGCAACAAGGAGCAUUCCAAAACUGAUCAGCAUACCUUUAUAUACACACAGGGAAAACCAGUUGAUUUCUUUGUACUAAUAUUGGAAGGUCAUGUGGAGGUGACUAUAGGAAAAGAGAACUUGACAUUUGAAAGUGGACCUUUCACAUACUUCGGUAUUGCAGCACUCACACAGGCCCACUCUAUAGGAGAAUCCCCAUCUGCAUCCACUCAGCUCAGCAAAGGAAGUAUGCCAGGCAGUAUACAAUCUCUGGAGUCAACAAAGUUUUCUUUCACCCCUGAUUAUUCUGUUCGUGCUAUUACAGAGGUGAUGUACUUGAAAAUUCGAAAUACUCAUUACAUUGCUGCUCGUCGUGCUUACCUCCUAGAACAAGCACAGAGGGAACCACACCCGGAAGAAAAUUUUGAGAAAGAGAUGGCUAAGAUCCUGAUUGAGGACGAUGGUUCAAGUUCACCAACUUGGGAGAACACUCCUCUUACUGCUCUCGACUCUAAGGAGAGCUCAGGUAUGGCAAAUGGAUCUGCAGUACAAGCCUUCAACGAGUGUUUUGAUAUUGAAAUGACUGCGAGGAACUUAUUUAAUGACCACAAAAUGAAUGCAUCAACUAAAGCAGCUCCUAAUGGUGGCAUUAAAAAUUCAAUUUCUGUACCUGGAACUCCAGUCAGUGGCCACAGUCAGGUCAGUAUGAAGCCAAGCUGCAGUUUCCAAAACUUACAGGAUGUGCCAACAUCAGUUAGCAGCAUAAAUGUCUACUCUGCACAGAAGGAUGACAAACAGUUAUUAGAAACUGGCAAUAUAUCUUUUUCAAAUAACUUGAGUUCAAGUUCUAUUGAAGACAAUGGGGAUCAAAAAGUGGUUGGAAAUGCAGAUGUGUUGCCCAAUAUGAAUAGUCAUAAAAGUCUUGAUUACAAACAGAGUAAUCUUGACAAUGAAGGUGUUUUAGCUCAUAAACGCAAGCUAUCAUUUUCUUGAGAUAGGGCUAAAGAAUAGCUUAAACAUUACUCAAACUUCCCAUAUUUAGUGAAGGUAAUAAAAUUUCAAAAGGAAGUGUUAAUGAUAGAUGCUAAUAUUUUUUUUUUAUAGAUGACAGGAAUUAGUAAACUUGUAGGGAAAAAAUUGAAGAGGAUAAUAUUGCAAUAGCCAAGUACUGUAUUUACAUAUAUCCCUCAGAUUAACAGUAAUAAAUUUAGCAAUAAUGAAUAACUUGUUAAGUUUUAAUAGUAAUUUUUUUAAGACAUGAUUGAAAAAAAUAACUGAAAAAAGAUAUGCAAGAUCUAAUCCUAGUAGCUGUAGCUUGAAAACAGUUAUCAUACUGUACUGUAAGUUACAACAUAUUAGAUGCUGAUAAGGGGAUUUUUUUUAUUAAAUUUCCUGGUCAGGAAAUUUAAUUGUGAUAAUAGAAUUUUAUUAAAGAGCUGAUAAUUUCUUUUAUAAUUUUACUGUCUAUACUAUUCAAUAUCUCAGACUGUGCAUGAUGUACAAGUUUAGGUGCAUUAAUAGUGAUUGAUUGUGGGAAUAAGACAUUUAAUCCAGGCAAAUUUUGCUAGUUAUGACUUCAUCAAAUCUAAUAUAUUUAUAGUGUAUGUGCCUUAUUCCCACAAACUGAUGUCCAAAAUCCAAAUAUUAUGGAUUAUGUCCUUGGCGAACAUCUAUAGACUUCCAGUAAUGAACAAAUUAAUUUACAAAAUUCAUACAAGACUUUUACAUUGGCAAGUAAUUUUUUUUUCCAGUAAUGUGAGUACCAUAUAUUUUGAAUUGUUUUUGCCUUCAUCUACAUAUAAAGACACUUAUGUUUAAGCAAGCAAAAGACACUUUUUUUUUUUAGAUUAUCUCAUUUUUAUAUUCAAAUUUGUUUGUUCUCUUCCUGUGUGUGUAUAUGUAUAUAAAAUAUGAAAAUGAAUGUAUUUUUUUAAGGAGACAUUUAAUUUAAUGAAUACUUAAUCGGUAAUGUGCACACAGGGAUCUGACAUUCAAAGUUAAAGACCUGAGAAUUUACUUAAAGAGUAUGUGAUAAACAUAGAAAUUUAUUAUCUGGUAUACUAUUAAAUUGUUUUAUUUGUACACAUGACACCACAUGUAUCAUUAAAGUAUGCCUGAUAUAUAUAUUAGAUGAGCCACAGUAUUAUGCUCUUGAAUAUACAGUAGGACCUCUUGCAUCUAAAAGUUUCUUAAAGUUUACAAAAACACCCAAGUGAAAAAUUAGUCACAUUUUUUGUAGCUUUUCCUGAUGCCCAGCACUUGUUUUAUACAGAGCAGUAGGUAGCAAGAUUAAUUAUAAUUCUGGAUAAGAGAGACCUUAUUACUGUAUAUAUAUAUAUAUAUAAUUAGGUUCAUAUACUGCUUAUAAUUUAAUGCUUACAUUACUUUAAGCAUUUAUAUUCAUGUACAGUUAUUUAAUAGUUAAUUACUGUAUCUCAAAUCCUAUUUUUACAUUAUUAUUAUAUUCACACACACAAAAAAAAAAAAAAAAGUUUUACAAAUAUAAAAAUUAAAUUUUAUUAUGUUGAGAAUUUAUGUAAAAAAAUGCUUUUGUCUAUACUUCUGUUUUCCUCAAAACACAGAUCCUUAUAAAAGUAUCAAAAAAAAAAAAAAAUUGCCAAUAGAAACAUUGAUACUAACAAUGUCAAACAUUACCAUGCUUCAUUCAUAGAUUGCUAACAUUAAAAUAUGUUAUUGUACAGACUACUGAAUGUUAUUUGUAAGCAAUUUUCUAAUCUAUUUUUACCCUCCCAUAUUCAGCAUCAAAUAAUAAGUUUAUAGAAAAUACAAGGCACCUUGAAUAUAGGUUAACAGUUUGAAGAAAUAAAGCAUUUUUGGGAAAAAACACAUAAGUAGUAUAAUGUGAUCCUCUAUUAACAACGUUUUUGCCCACGCAGUCACAAACAGAUCUACCUGGGUGAAAGGUAUGCGAGUAUUUAUAGGAUGGAGUCAGGUGGAGAAUGCUGGGUAGGUUGGAUUUGAACUUGCAUGUGACAAUCUUCCGAGUAGGGUGAUAGAGGCUAGGACUUUGGGUAGCUUUAAAAAGAGAUUGGACAAGUAUAUGAGUAGACCUUCUGCAGUGUUCCAUUCUUAUGUGGGAUAACGAUGAAGUUUCUUGGCAAAGGGCUCAGCUAUGUUAUAGAAGCUAUUGUUUUGGUUGAAAUUGUUGGAUAUACAGAUAAGUGAUGAUUCCAGGAUUCUGCGGUAUUGUUUUUUUCUUUGGCAAUGUCUUGCGUUUCUGUACUUGAUUAAAUAAUUGUGUGAAUUUCGGUGUUGAAAACAGACAUUCCUUAACCCUUUGGGGUUGACAGGCCCUCUCCCAAACUUGUUCUCAGGGUCAAAAAAAAAAUUAUAGGCCCCCCCCCCCCCCCAAAUUUUUUUUUGCGAUCAAUACUUAGGGAGAUAUGGAGGCAUGAAGUUGACAAAUUGAACCACUUACGGCAACAUUGCCGACUGCCAGUCACCCGGUAAUAAUUUUUUUUUCUUUUAUUUAAUAUUUUUUUUCAAUAACUUUUAUGGCCUCUGAGACCAAUAUAAAGACUAUUUGGUAUAUAUUCACUCAUUGUAUACUACACAAUAACAGCAAAAAAAAAACUUUGCUGUCAUUAUAUUGUUUACAAAACAUGUUUACACAAACCAACAAUAAAAAAUGUUGUUUAUUACUAUUUUUCUAUCAUAUAUAUACGCAUAUAGUCACUGGACAGGUUCCUGUAACUACAAGAGGGUCUGAAAGUUUGUAGUUGUGUGUGGGUGGACUUGUAAAUAUACUGAGUCACCUGUGUGUCUUGUGUCACAAAGAUGCAUCAUACCAUCACUCGCUAACCCUCACUGCCUUCCACAACACAACCCUUCCCCCCCCCACACACCUACCUUCCCUCCUUCCUUCCUUCUGGUUUCCUGGGCAUUGCUUUUGGUCACACACUCCUCAAAACCAUGAAAUUCAUCUUUACUGACACUUCCAUCUGUGUUUGAACUGUCACCUGGGAACAAAAGAGCCCCAAUUAGCCAAGGAAAGAGUUUCUUAGCACUAGACAUGGUGAACAAGGCGAAAUAAAAUGGCUUUCCCAAAAUGCACCACUGGGUCCUCGAUUUUUUUUGUACCGCACACACUGACCCAUUCUCUCCCAUCUAAGCCUACCAGCCUUUGCCUGCUUGAUUUGAGGACGGUAGAAUUUAUGUAUACUAGUAUGUCAAUAACCCUGGUGCGUAAGAUGUACUAGUACAUCAAAAACUCAAAGGGUUAAAUCACCCAAUCUGUCUGCGUACUGGUAUUCUGAAAUACGUGUUUGGAGGUCUCUGGACGUUUCGCCCAUGUAUAAUUUGCUGCAGUCAUUACAAGGGAUUAUGUAUACCCCUGCAGAGGAUUGAAGCUUGUCCUCUCUAUUACUGGUAAUGCCCUUGAUGGUGGUGGAAGUGGAGGUAGAUACUUGGAAUGAGGUAUUGGAAACGUGUUUGGCAGUAGAGUUAGUGGGGAGGAAUAUGUAUCUUCUCUCUGCAAUGUCUUCUCUGGGUGUGUUAAAGAUGUGAUAUGCCUGGUGUCUGCAGUCUCUAAUGAAGUGCUGAGGAUAGUGAAGUUUAGAAAAUACAGUGGACCCCCGCUUUACGAUCAGCUCCCAAUGUGACCAAUUAUGUAAGUGCGUUUGUACGUGUAUGUUUGGGGGUCUGAAAUGGACUAAUCUAGUUCACAAUAUUCCUUAUGGGAACAAAUUCGUUCAGCAAUGGCACCUGAACAUACUUCUGGAAUGAAAUAAUAUCGUAAACUGGGGGUCCAUUGUACUAGUUCAAUUAGCGAGCAUUUUUCCUCAAGGAACUCAUUGCUGCAGAAUCGGAGUGGACGCAGGAAAAAAGUCUAUAAUUACACCACAUUUAGUUUUGGUGUUGUGGUGAGAGUAGAAGUGGAAAAGAUCAUGGUGCAAUUAUAGGCAGUUUCCUGUGUGCACUCUGAAUCUGCAGCAAUGAGUUCCUUGGGGAAAAAUGCUUGCUAAUUGAACAAGCAUUUUCUAAAUUUCACUACCCUCAGCACUUCGUUAGAGACUGCAGUCACCGGACAUAUAACAUCUUUAACACACCCAGAUAAAACACACAGUCCUCCCCACCAACUCCAUUGCCAAACACGUUUCCAGCAUCUUUUCCAAUACCUCCAAGUAUCUACCUCCACUUCUACCACCAUCAAGGACAUUACUAGUAAUAGACAGGACAAGCUUCAAUCCUCUGCAGGGGUAUACAUAAUCCCUUGUAAUGACUGUAGCAAAUUAUACAUUGGCAAAACAUCCAGAGACCUCCAAACGCAUUUCAGAACACCAGUAUGCAGGCAGAUCAGACAUUUUAACCCUUUCAGGGUCCAGACCCAAAAUUUGAGACUUGUCCAUAGGAUCCAAGAAUUAAAAAAAAAAAAAAAAAUAUUUUUUCUUAUGAAAUGAUAGAGAAUCUUUUUCUGAAGGUAAUAAAACAAAAAGUAUGUAAUUUAAUGGAAAAUUUACGAAAUUAUGCUCUCACAAACUUUGAUGCGUCAGCAAUAUUUACGCAUUGGCAAUUUUGCCAACUUUGACUCCCAUUCUAGGUCAAUUACAUUAUUCUAGUUGAUCAAAUUCUUAGCCAUUUCACUAGUAUUACUUAUAUUUUAUCAAAUGAGCACAAGAAAUCAAGUCAACUGUUUCAGCUACCCAAUAAAGUGAUCGGAAAUUGGUAAUUUAGCCAAUUUAACACAAAGUUCAAAAUAGGAUCCAGAAUAAACAAUGCAGGCAUUCCUGGCACUAAACUAACAUUACGUUUUCAGGCUUUACAAAUAAAUUCCAUUGUUUUUUUAUUCACAUAAUGAAUUUUUAUUCAAAGCAAAUAAUGGAAGAUUUACUGCUAUGCAAUACUGUAAUAACUGUAUAAGUAAUAUCACCACAUUCAUGAAACUAUAUUAGACCCACCAGCUGACGCAUAUUAGACACAUGAUGUCAUUUGUUUAUUCUUGAACAUCGGCAAAAAUUUAAAAUUUUGGCUACUUUGAGCUCAGUUUCAACCCCUUGACUGUCACAAUCCCCAAUCCUGAGGUGUCUCCUGGUGUCGCAAAAUUUAAAAAAAAAAAAAAGUUAUUUUUUCGUAUGAAAUGAUAGAGAAUCUUUUCCCGAUUGUAAUGACACCAAAAAAUCGAAAUUUGAUGGAAAACUGACUGAAUUACGCUCUUGCAAAUUUAGCGACCUCGGCGAUAUUUACGAAUCGGCGAUUUCGCCCACUUUGAGCCCUAUUUUCAGCUAAUUCCAUUGUUCCAGUCAACCAAACUCAUAGCUAUUUCUUUAGAACUCAAUUUUUUCUAUCAAUCGAGUACAAGAAACUGCCCAUUUACCGAUUUCAACUACCCAAUAACUUGGUCAGAAAUUUGCAAUUUGGCCAAUUUCACGAAAAUUAAAAAAAUAUGACAAUUUCAAAAUAAGGUCCAGAAUGAACAAUGCAGACAUUCCCAGCUCUAAAUUAACAUUUUCUUUGUUCAUCAGUCACAUCUCCAGGCCCCUCUGAUAUUACUCUUGCUUUCUAUUUUGAAUUUUUAUUUAAACAAAAAAUAGAAGAUUUACUGUUAUGCAGACUACUGCAAUAUUGUAAUAAUUGUACAAAUAAUGUCAACCCAUUCAUGACUGCAUAUUAGAAUGGAUAGUUAGACAUUUAUUGGACAAUGACAUCAUUUGUUUAUUUUUGAACAUCGGCAAAAAUCAAACAUUUUCCCUACUUUGAGCUCCAUUUCCAGGUUCUUUUUAUAGUAAAACCAAUCAAAAUCACCUCUAUUUCUAUAAUAUGUUUUCCAUUCUAUCAAGUGAGACCAAGAAAACGAGAAUAGAACCAUAAAUACUAUACGAAAAUAGACCACAAAGUCGGCAUUUUAAUUAAAAAAAAAAAAAGCCGGAGUUUUUUUUUUCUCAUUAUGCGCUGCAUACUCCAGGAUUUUUUUUAUAUGGUGCACACUGGCCACACAGACCUAUUCUCUCACAUGUAGCCCUACCAGCUUUCUCCUGCUUGAUUUGAAGCCGCUAGAAUUUACGAGUAUAUAUACGUCAAACACUUUACCUCGUAAGACGUAUAUAUACGACCAAAACAGUCAAAGGGUUAAAACCAAUCAAAAUCAUCUCUAUUUCUAUUAAUCUUUAAUUCUAUCAAAUGAGACCAAGAAAUCGCAAAUACACCUAUAAAAAACAUACGAAAAAACACCGCAAAUUCGCUGUUUUAAUCCAAAAUUACAGUCUCAGUUUUUUCUCAUUAUGCACUGUGUGCUGCAGGAUUUGUUUUAUGUGGUGCACAUUUACAACACAGAUGUAUUCUCUCAUAUCUAGGCCCAAAUUUACCGCUCACAGCUUAUCUGAGUCGAGUAGAGUUCAUGGCGUAGAAUUACGGUUUGGACCCAGAACUCAAAGCCGUAGAACUAUGGCACGGACCCUGAAAGGGUUAAGGAAUGCCUCUGUUCAACACAAAAAGUCACACAACCAUUUAAUCAAGUACAGAAAUGCAAGACUUAUCGCCAGAGAAGAUAACACUCAAUAUGCACCUUAGAAUCCUGGAAUCCUUUAUCUGUAUAUCCAACAACUUCAACCAAAACAACGACUUCUAUAAUAUAGCUGAACCCCUUGCCAAGAAAAUUCAUCGUUAUCCCACAAAAGAACAUAAGACUGGAGGAACACUGCAGAAGUUCUACUCAUAUACUUGUCCAAUCUCUUUUUAAAGCUACCCAAAGUCCUAGUCUCUAUCACAUUACUCGGAAGAUUGUCACAUGCAGGUUCAGAUCCUACCUACCCAGCAUUCUCCACCUGACCCUACCCUAUAAAUACUCAUGUACCUUUCACCAAGGUAGAUCUGUUUGUGACUUGAUAAGCCCACUGUGUGGGCAAAACAUUGCCAAUAAAGGAUCACAAUACUACUUAUGUGUUUAUUUUUCCAUUGUGUCGGUAUUUUAUACCAUUUACUUCCGUCUAAAGCAUUUUUAAAUUCUGUAGUCAAAUAUUUUUUGCCCAGAUUUGAUUCUCCAGGGAAAUAGGGGGGUUGGGGAGAGGAUGGAGUGACAAAAGAGUAAAAUGUAUAUACUGUAUAUGUGCAUGUCAUUUUUUAGGUAAAAUUGCCAAACAAGCCAAAUUUAAUAAAAAAAGUUAACAUUGAUAGUUGUGUGAAUUAAUAUAGCAAAAUACGCAACUUUUUAUGUAACUAAUUUGGCAACCAAGCCUUAAUAAAAUUUAUAUAAUCAGUUUAGUAUAAUUCUGCCUCACAUAUGUCAGGUUAACUUUAAUAUUAACCCUUUGAUGGUUUCGGUCGUACUAGUACGGCGUACGACCCAGGGUUUUUGACGUACUAGUACACCUAAAUUCUAGCGCCCUCAAAUCUAGUGGGAGAAAGCUGGUAGGCCUACAUAUGAAAGAAUG